UACAAUACCAGCUUACGGUGUUAUUCAGUUUCGAUGAUGCCUGAUAGCCGUGAAGAGUUGGACAAUGGAGGAAAGAUAAUUCUACCACCUUCAGCCCUUGAUAUUCUCACCAGGCUAAAUAUUGUAUAUCCGAUGCUAUUCAAGAUUACUAACAAGCAAAGUGAUCGAAGUACUCACUGCGGUGUUUUGGAAUUUGUUGCUGAUGAGGGGAAGAUGUAUAUACCCUAUUGGAUGAUGAGAAAUCUUUUAGUAUCGGAGGGAGAUUUAGUUCGUAUUGAAAGCGCAUCGUUACCAGUGGCCACUUAUUCGAAAUUUCAGCCGUUUUCUGUCGAUUUUCUGGAUAUAACUAAUCAUAAAGCCGUUUUAGAGAAUGCUCUGAGAUCAUUUGCGUGUCUUACGAAAGGAGAUGUUGUCGCUAUUAAGUACAAUGAUAAGGUAUACGAGCUAUUAGUGAUGGAAACGAAGCCUGGCCAGGCUGUGUCAAUCAUUGAGUGUGACAUGAGUGUUGAAUUUGCCCCGCCAAUUGACUAUAAAGAGCCACAGAGAAAUAUUAAGGAAGAAGAAAAGGAGGAAGAAGAUGAAAGUGAAAUCUUUGAGGAAGAUGAGGAUGAAUUCAAGAUAUUUGGAGGUGAAGGACACAGGAUAGAUGGUAAAAAGAAAAAAAGUGCAGCUACAAGUGCUGUUUCAGUUCCGAAAGAAUUGAAAAACAGAGGCAUACCUAAUUAUGAUUAUAAGAUUGGGAAUUUAAAAUUUAUCAGGCCUAAAAAGUGUGCCAACAGGGCUGACGAUACGGACGUUGCAAUUGACAAAGAAUUCGAAGCUUUUUCUGGCCAGGGUCAGAUACUGAAAAAGUCAGCCAAAUUACCGUUUGUGAGAUAG